AUGAUGUUUUUGAGAAGUAAUCUUAACGUUUUUAUUCUUUCCCACUUUGUAUGCUAUUGUGUGUUACCAUAGAAGAUGAUGAUUUUGCAAAGGGAGGAAGUUUACUUACAUGUAAAAAACAAUUAUGAUAUAAUCUUGGCUAUACUGCUCUCAGGGUUGGUCACAAGUUUUCUUACCAAGAAACUGAGGAAAUCAUCCGAUGCCAUACCCGGACGCCUCGGUCUUCCUCUUGUUGGUGAAACAUUGUCUUUUCUUUCGGCUACUAAUAGUGCGAAAGGAUGCUACGAUUUCGUUCGAUUUCGGAGACAAAAAUACGGAAAGUGGUUCAAAACAAGACUGUUUGGCAAAGUUCAUGUAUUCGUCCCGAGUGUUGCGGGUGCAAAAGCAAUAUUCGCAAAUGAUUUUCAGUUGUUCAACAAAGGGUAUAUUAAAUCAAUGGCAGAUGCUGUUGGAAAGAAUAGUUUACUAUGUGUACCAGUCAAGAGUCAUAAACGAAUCAGACGCCUUCUGUCUGGUCCUUUCUCCAUGGAUUCGUUGUCCAAAUUCGUUCAGAAAUUCGAUAACAUGCUCUCCGAAAGAUUCAAAAAGCUGGCUGAUAGUGGCAAGUCUUUUGUGGUUCUUGACUUCAACAUGAAGAUAGCAUUCGAUGCAAUGUGCGGCAUGUUGAUGAGCAUCACCGAUGAAUCUUUGUUGAACAAAAUCGAAAAAGACUGCACAGCUAUUUCUGAUGCAAUGCUCUCUAUCCCAGUCAUGAUUCCAGGCACUAGAUACUACAAAGGCAUUAAGGCACGCGAAAGUCUCAUGAAAUUUUUUGAAGAAAUGAUUAAAAGUAGACGGAGUAGCAACGAGAGUCAUGAAGACUUCUUGCAGUCCAUGUUGGACAGAGAUCCGUUGGAUGACGAGAAGCUUGAUGAUUCAGAGAUUAUGGAUAACAUGUUAACAUUGAUAAUAGCCGGACAGACAACCACUGCGGCCGCAAUGAUGUGGAGUGUUAAGUUCUUAGAUGAGAACAAAGAAGUCCAAAACAUGUUGAGAGAAGAACAGCUGUCGAUACGCAGAAAUAAACCAACAGGGGCAUUACUUUGUCUUGAGGAUCUUAACAAGAUGUCUUACGGCUUAAAGGUCAUGAAAGAAACGUUACGAAUGUCAAAUGUGUUGCUAUGGUUCCCUCGUGUCGCGCUUGAUGACUGCAAAAUUCAGGAUUUUGAGAUAAAGAAAGGAUGGCAUGUUGAUAUUGAUGCUACUCACAUACACUAUGAUCCAGAACUUUACAAGAAUCCUUUGCAGUUCAAUCCAUCAAGAUUUGAUGAAGCACAGAAGCCAUACAGUUACAUACCUUUUGGAUCAGGACCUAGGACAUGCUUGGGAAUCAAUAUGGCAAAGGUGACAAUGUUGGUGUUCUUGCAUAGGCUAACAAGUGGAUACAAGUGGACAGUCGACGAUCAAGAUCUUAGCCUAGAAAAGAAAUCGCACAUCCCUAGACUGAAGAGCGGAGUGCCAAUUACGUUAACAACUCUAGAAGGUGACAGUUGAAAAAAAGCUCGCAUCAUAUCAAACUCGUUUUAGCAUUUCGCCAAUGGCGUUCGUUAUAAGUUCAACCUCUUCUAGCAUGUUGACAUUUAUGAGAUUUCAAAUCUGCAAUCGUGUAAUUAGCCCUUUUAUGGUUAUUCUUGUUGGAUCUAUGUGAACAAUAGUGCUAAUAACACAUGAUCGGUGAGACACAAAUAUUCACCAUCAAGUUAACGCCAGUCA